AUGGCGAGAGGAUUUGAUCUUGACAGCGCCUCCGAUGCGGCAAAAUUACAAGCGCGGAGGGCGUUGUCCUGGCUGCAAGGGCCUGGAUUGAGGGCUGCGACAGCCGUGACUCUGACGGUUGCGCACCAUGCACGGAGAAACCUGGUCGCCAGGAGAAUCUUCAGCUUGCCACAUGCGCUCGUUGCCAUUUGGAUAGUCAUUCUAUUAUGGGGCGAGCGGUGGGUAUUUGACAGCAAGGUCGAGAGCUGUAGUUGGGAUCAUUGGGAAUCAUGGCCCAAGGGGACACAUCCGCAUCGCCUGGUUCUCAUUGCAGACCCCCAAAUCACCGAUCCGCACUCAUACCCCGGCCGUCCAUGGCCACUCUCGUCUUUGACCGUAACCAUUACCGACAACUAUCUUCGACGAGGCUACAAGGCGCUCCAGAGCCACCUACACCCCGACAGCGUAUUCUUCCUGGGAGACUUGUUCGACGGCGGCCGUGAAUGGAAAACGCGACAGGAAGGGUUCGUCGAUCCAAAAUGGGGCGAGGAGCGAUCGGGCGAAGAGAAGCAAUGGGUAAACACAUGGCACCGCAAGUAUGGCGAGGACUUUUGGGUGCGAGAAUACCAGCGCUUCGCCGAAAUCUUCUUUGACAACUUUAACCUGGGAGGCACCGUACCGGGUCCGUACCAGAGAGGACGCCGGCUGGUUGCCAGCUUGCCUGGAAAUCACGAUAUCGGGUUUGGCGCGCAGGUGCAGGUUCCGGUGCGCAACCGCUUCAGCGCCUACUUUGGCGACGUCAACCGCGUAGACAUUGUGGGAAAUCACAGCAUUGUCUCGGUUGAUACGGUGUCGCUCAGCGCCGACACAUCGAAGUUUAGGUACUCGCACGAUCUGGAGCCCCUUUACGGACCUGUCAAUGAGUUCCUGGAACAUGUACAGUCUACCAAGCGCAAACUCGCUAUGGAGGAACUCAAGGUGUGGCAUGACAUUGACCGUGACUUGCGCUCUAAGCAUCAAGUCGUGGACCUGGAAACAUCGGACACAACCCCGUCUCCCAGAGACCCCGGUGCUGGCCACGCCGAUUUCCCGACAAUUCUGCUUACACAUGUACCGCUAUAUCGAGGUCCCGGAACACCUUGCGGACCUAUGCGCGAGCAUUGGCCGCCAACGAAGCGACCCAAGGGCCAAACAGAACCAGUCAACCCGGACGAGCGCAACGCCAUUUCCGUCACUGCUGGCUACCAAUACCAGAACGUGCUCAGCGAAGAAGACUCUGUCAAAUUAAUCAAGAGCAUCGGCAAUGUCGUGCAUGUGUUUUCUGGCGACGACCACGACUACUGCGAGCUCGUUCAUUCCGAAUCAAAGGGCGGCGUGAGGGAAAUCACCGUCAAGAGCAUGAGCAUGGCCAUGGGAGUGAGCAAUCCAGGGUUCCUCAUGCUCAGCAUGUAUAACCCUGUCGAUGCCGACGGCAGGCCCAUGCCUGGAGCUCCAAAAUCCACGCUCCAGACGCACUUGUGCCUGCUCCCGAAUCAGCUCCACACGUACAUGCGAUAUGUCCUCUUUGGCUUCCUGUCGCUCAUUGUGCUUGCCGUCCGCGCGUUUCUCGUGCCAGCGCUCAACUUGACACCCUUUGCGCUGGAACCCGACCCGGGCAGCCCCUCGCUUCUGCCCGUGUUUAAAGACAAGGCGGAACCGCCCGAGUCGCGGAUGCACGGUGGCUCCAACGGCACAUCGUCCACAAGCAGUCGCAGCGCCUCCAACGGCUCGUCGGUGCGCUGGCCGGCCAAGAAGAGCGCCGGCAGGAGUGCUGGCUCCCGCGGCGGUGCCGGCCGCUGGGGCUGGGGCGACGACUACAGCGCCCACGGGCGCGGCCCGCGCAUCAAGCUUGACACAGACUUUUACGACGACGGCAAGCAGUGGAAGGCGGGCCGCGGUAAGCAGGUGUUCCAGAUGAUUACGAGAGAGUUUUGGACAACGGCUUGGCGCCUGACGUGGAUGACGGUCCUGAUAUGGGUGCAAUUUACAAGGCGAGGGUAA